GUUCUCCCUCUGGCUCUCCUCCCUUUCUCUGUCACAGCCUUCCCCAUGACUGUUCAUCCCCAAAUCACAGACUACAUCGUCCAAAAAGUGCAAAGGUUGAGUCUUUGAGCUUAGAAGAACUCGCUCACGAGAUUUUUUUUUCUUUUCCAUUUUUCUUUUUGUGGGAUGUUUGGUCAACUUACUGGUAAGGACAUUUAAUUAGUACAGACAAAAGGGUUUUAGCCUUUUGUAACUUGUAAAGCAACUGUAGCAGAUUUACUCUUCUUCUUCUUCUCCUUCUCCUCAAUCCUGCUGAGUUCGAACACUGUGCAUCUGUGUUUUGUUUAAAAUGCCGUGUUGUCCUGAACUUUUUCAAACUUUCGGAAGUUUUUGCCCAAUAUAGUCUUAUUUUUUAAACUACUUUUCAUAAUAAUCUUCCUUAAGAAAUAUUUCCCACAAUAGUCUUAUAAAACUUUUUCAUCUGUUUUUAAAGUCCCUAAAACUCUAUUACCCAAAAAAAGUCCCUGAAACUCUUUUACUAUUUUAUUUAAGGUCCAUUUCAUAAACUUAUAAAUUGAAAAAUAAAAAGAAAAACACAAAUAAAAUGCAACGGGAUAUAAAAUACGGAGAAUGUGAUGGUGUGGGGGCCCUUGGAGGUGGGCUUGGUUCGCUUUGGUUUGCUCGAGUCAAACUAAAACAAAAAGAUUAAGUUUGAGUGAUAAAUUCGAAUGUUAAUCACUUUGUGAUAAGAAAAAAUAGCCAAAUAUUUUAUAUGAGUAUGGUGAUUCUCAUCUUCACUAUCCGGGGGCGUGGUCAAUGUUGGGAUGGGACCUAGGGUGUACAAAGAAAACAAAAAUAAUCCAAUUAAACUUCGAGUCCCAUUGAAUCUAACAAACAAUAAUCGAAUUUCUCAUACUGAUUCUAAUUCAAUGCGAUUUUUCAACAAAAAGAAAUUCUUUAAUAAUUUGUUGUAUUCAAUCCGAUUAAUUAUGGUCUACUGAACCUAACCAAUUUAGUUAAAUUUAUUUUUCAAAAAUAAAUUAAAAAAUGAAAUAAGAAAAAUACUGAACUAUUUUUUUUUACCGUUUGACUCGUUAUAAUUGUGUUCAAUGAAGCCGAAUUAUUUCUAUCUAAUUUAAUAUAUUUUUUAAGAAAAAAUUAAGUUAACGGAAUAGGAAAAGGGAUUAUAUUUUAUUCGAUUUUAAGUGAUUGUGGUUUGAGGACUUGUAACCUCGAACUGUGUUGAAGUAUUUUCUAGGCCAAAAAAUUGAAGCAUUUUAUUUUGUUAUUUCAACAUGAUUUCCGAAUCGAACCGCGGCAUGCCCAACCCUGUGGCCACCCACCACCCUUCCAUUUAUAAUUUUACCCUGUCUUUCUUUUUUCUAAAAAAUAUUUUUUUCCAUCUUCUAUUUUAUAAUUUUCAUAAAGGGACUUAAAAUAAAAUAGUGAAAAUUUUUGGUGGGCUAAAAGAUAAAUGAAAGCGAGUGCAAGACUAUUAUGGGGAAUAGUUUGCUAAGAAGACUACUAUGAAAAAUCGUUUCAGAAAGAAAGAAGACUAGUUUGAGCAAAAACCUCAACCUUGGGUCCUGUCGAGCUCUCUGCUAUGGAAAGCUGUGAAGUGGGAGAUUUCUAGAUAGUGUACAGCUGUGAAAGUUGCAAGCUUUUGUUUCAUCUCUUCUGGGUUCAUCAUGCCUUUGUUUGAGCUAUUUCGAUUGGCCAAGGGGAAGCUUGAUUCCGCCCAAGAGAAACUUACCCCGUGUUCUACUGAUUCUUCUGCUGAGCCUGAGAGUGGUUUUGGUGGGUUGGCUUGGGAAAAUGGUCAAGUUGGGAUGCAAAGCCAAUGUAGUCCUCGAGACAAGAAGAGCCUCUCUCUCAACACUCCUAGCUUAACAACUAAACUUGGCGGCGAGGACAAUGUGAGAGCUGGAAAGAUCGGGAACCUCGGCUUCGAGUUGAGUGAGUUCCCCGAGUCUGUCCCGUCCGCUGAAAUAAGUUUGAAUCAAGACGAUGAUAUGGUGCCUUGGUUGGGCUAUCCCAUCUCUGGGUCAUUGCACAGUGAUUACUCCUCAGAUUUCUUGCCUGAACUACCGGGGGUCGCGGUGAAUGAAACCUCGGCGCGCAAUAAUUUCGGAUCAGUGGCCAAAACUGGUAACGGUCAGCUAUGUAGAGACUCUUUUUUCACCUCACUGCAAAAUGGCAAUGGUUUAGAGGGAGGGACGAGAACAAGAACUAGUAAUAUGCAAUUGUUCUCGUCCUCCUUACCCUUGCAAUCCCAGUUGUCUGGUUCAUGCUUAAAGUUGCAGACGGCAGACUCUGGCCCGUCUAUUAAUACCUCGAGUGCGAUGAAUUUCUCCUAUUUUGCAAGACCCACAGUUAUUGUCAAAAGCAACAAUGAGAGCAAGCAUAAGAUGGGCAGCUUGGGUUUGUCGGGCAUGGAACAGGCGGGGAAUAGGGAUAUGGAUGCUGCCGUCGAUACAACCAAUACUAGCAACUCAAAGCCAGUUGUUUCACGUAGUUGUCUAGGCAAGAGAGUCGGCCCUUCUAACCAGAGUGCUGUUCCACGACAAAGAGUUGGUCCCAAAUUAUCGGAGAGCAAGUCCUACAAGGUGCCGGUUUCUGCCCGAAAAAAUGAAGCUGUUAUUCUAGAGGAUAAUUUGAAGGGGAAGGAGGAUAAAUUCUCCAAUCAAAGCCAGCGCCCGUGUGGGACGAAGGGAGGAUUGGCGGAUGGUGAGAAGACUCUGGAGCCUCUGGGUGGUACCUCCUCUGUUUGCUCGGGAAACAGUGUGGAGAGAGCUUCAGAUGAUCUGAAGCAUGGCUUGAAGAGGAAAUCUCAUGAGACGGAGGAGUCUGAGGGCCACAGCGAAGAUGUUGGAGAUGAGAUGGUCAGUGCAAACAAACAAACCACUGCGCGACAUACUCCUUCAAGGAGAAGUCGAGCGGCGGAAGUGCAUAACUUGUCUGAAAGGAGGCGAAGGGACAGGAUCAAUGAAAAGAUGCGUGUGUUGCAAGAGCUAAUCCCAAACUGCAACAAGGUUGAUAAAGCUUCAAUGCUUGAUGAGGCCAUUGAGUAUUGCAAGAAUCUUAAACUUCAGUUACAGAUGAUGACAAUGGGAGGUGGUUUCUACGUGCCGCCUAUGAUUCUGCCAACGGGACUGCAACCUAUGGGACAUAUCCCAUUCCCAAACAUGGGAAUGGGAAUGGGACGUGACCUGGAAUUUGGAAUAGGCAUGCCCCACAUGACCAUGCAAGGGGCUCAUUUCCCAGGUCCCCUCAUGUCAGGUUUGCAUGGCAUGGCAGGUUCAAACCUUCACAUGUACGGUGUUCAUGGUCAGGGGCUCCCUCUUCCAAUGCCACGCGCACCUCUGGUUCCUUUCUUGGGUGGGCCUGUGAUGAAGUCAGCAACAGGGCUUAGCAAAGCAUGUGGAAUGCCUGGAACUGUGGAAAAGGACCCAGCAACGGUUUCGAGUGGGAAGGAAUCGGUGCAGAGCAUCAGCAAACAGUCUCCCCAAAACACUGACUCCAGUUACUUGACAAAACAGCACCUGAGUUCUCAGCCCAUGGUAGUUUCAAGUAGUGGGCAGGGCUCGGAUAAGAAGAAUGCAAGAGGGUUUGCUGACCCAGCGAGCCGGAGCAUCCCUAGGCCCAAAACGACUGGUUUGUGAUGAUUAGCAACUUUCAUCAACUUUUUGUCGGGGGAUGAAACGAUUUUACAUUAACCUGAUGCAUAAGCUUUGGUUUCUCCCCUGUAGUCGAGGACAACUGCAGCUUCUGCAGUAUCCAAAUUUUGAGUGUGAGUUGUACAAUAACGGAUUUCACAAUUUUUUGUUAGAUAGAGCAGACAGUCUUCCAUCCACUUUGUGUAGUAUCGACUUUUCAAGGAGUAAUAACAUCGAUCGUAUAGAUUUAGCAUCGAAUAA